AUGGUGAGGCUUAUCACGCUAAUGCUUAAGAGGGAAAUGCAUUUUAAAUGGACUCCUGAAGCAGAAGAGGCAUUUGUGAAGAUCAAAGAUGGCAUCUCUUUUGAUCCAGUACUCUCGAACCCUAAUAUGUCUAAGGAUUUAAUAAUGUAUGUUUUCUCUAGUGAUUAUAGCAUUGUCGUGUUACUGACCCAAAAAGAUGCAGACAAAAGGGGUGAACAUUCGAUAGCUUUCCAUUCCAAAACCCUAAAGGAGUACGAGGCUAAAUACAACUUUGUUGAAAAGCAAGCACUGGCCAUUGUCAAAUUCCUCAAAAAGUUUAGGCAUUUCAUUGCCUACAAUAAGACUACUAUGUAUGUCACUCAUCCUUCAGUAGGAGAGUAUAUAAUGGAGGGUGACAUUAUAGAGAAAAGGGAAAACUGGAUUACCAAAAUAUUAGAAUAUGACAUUGAUGUUAGACCCACUAAGGUAAUCCAUGGUAAAGGCUUGUGCGAAUAUAUAGCCCAAGAGUCUGACCUUCGAGAGGCUGAGACUACUACAAGGGAAGUUGUAAUGGUCACCUCCGAGCAAACAAAAGCAUGCUGGAUUGAGAACCGAAAACAUUUCAUGAAGACUGGAAUCUUCCCUGCCGACCUCCCUCUUGAAAAGAAGAGAUUUUAA